AUGGAUGCUAAUUGCAAGUUAACUUCGGGAUUUGCCGUUGACGGAGCUAUUAUCCCAGGUGGUCCUGCUGCCAGAAGUAGGCGUAUUCAAGUUGGAGACAAGAUCACUGAAAUAAAUGGACAUUCACUAGCCAAAAUAUCUCACUCUGAUAUUGUGGAACAACUCUGCACUCAGCAUCGUCGCUUAGAACUCACAAUGGAAAGACAGGAACCGUCAAACACUUUUAGAAUUCCAGUUUUAGAAAACAACACUCGAACACCGGCUUUCCUACGGUCCAGUAGUAGAUCGAGUGAACGCAAAAAGCUUCAGCAAACAUCCCUACUUGAAACAGUUCCUGAAUCGAUUGAUUCAUCUUGGAAUUCCAGAUCUGAGGCAGAGAGCUACAACGUCGAACUAUUAUCAGAUAGUCGAGGGUUUGGAUUUUCUGUUCGAAUGAAUCCAGAGCUGCAGAAGGGAUCCAUGGUUAUCCUUCGAAUUGAAAAGGGAAGCCCAGCUUACAACGACCGCAAAAUGCAGGUGGGGUACCAGGUUUUGGUCACCGAAUCAGCAUAUCCAGACCUGAAUGAUACUGCUACAUGGCCUCGUCCACGUUCCUUCUCGCCUUCAGGUAAUUCUUGCCAAUGCAUCUUUUCUGCUGCUGCUGCUGCUGUUGUUGUCGUUACCUCCAAUGGUGGUCUAGAUUUUCAAGAGGUUGGAGACAAGGUUCUAGAAAUAAAUGGUGUUCCGACAGAAACCCUGACCUACACGCAAGCUGUCAAAAUAGUUAAAUUUGGAGGAGAUCAUCUUCACCUGAAGCUUCGGAGAGUCAAUACUCGGGCUUAUGACCUAUCAAUUUAA